AAAUGUCUCAAAUACGAAGGAGCGCCUGCCCCCACUUUCUUUACCCUGUCAAGCUCAUUGAAGGCGCUCCCAUGGCUAUUUCCCACUGCAAUAAAGACCUGCAAUCAAGAACACCACUUCUCAAAAUCACGCCUUUAUCCCACCACGCCGUCUAUUGAUAGCCAAAUCAAGCUCCGAUCUCCAUUUUCAAUCCUUAUUAUGGUUUCAUCAUUCACUUCUGCCAAGCUGCUAUAAAUCUCACCUAUCUUCUUCCCAUUUCCAUUGCUUUAGCCUCGUUGUCAAUUUCUCGCCUCCCUUCCUUUUGGCAUUGUUCUCUCUUUAUCUACCGAUGGGCGUCAGUUGCGGACUUGCUUCCUCCGUCCUCCUCUGCCCUGAGGACGGAGACAUCGCCCUAGGGUUUGAUGAAGAGCUGGACCUCGAUGGGGAAGACGAAAGGCGCAAUCUUUGCCCUUUUUUCCAAGGAAAGAGCUCGUUGCUGGAUUUCGCAUUGCUGUCGGAAGAUUGCGUCGCCUUGCUGAUCGAGAGGGAGUCGCGGCAUCUUCCACAGGAGGGCUACGCGAAGAGGUUGCUCAGGAAGCAAUCAGAUAUGGCUGUGAGAAGUGACGCUAUUGACUUGAUUCAGAAGCUACAUGCACAUUACAAUUUUGGACCUCUGAGUGCCUAUUUAUCUGUAAAUUACUUGGAUCGAUUUCUCUCCUGCCAUGAACUCCCACAAGGUAAGGCCUGGAUGACACAAUUGCUAUCAGUUACCUGCUUAUCCAUUGCUGCCAAGGUUGAGGAAACUGAACUUCCUUUGUCUCUAGAUCUACAGAUAGGUGAGGAACAGUACAUAUUUGAAGGCAGGACAAUACAGAGAAUGGAGCUUCUAGUGCUUACAACCCUCAAGUGGAGGAUGCAAUCAGUUACACCCUUCUCAUUCAUAGAUUUCUUUUUACACCAAUUCAAUGAUGGAAAUUCACCAGAUAGGUCAUUGAUUUCUCUGUGUGUGAACCUCAUCUCGAGCACCGUUAGAGGGGUUGGGUUUGUAGAGUUCAAGCCUUCUGAGAUUGCUGCAGCAGUGGCUCUAUCAGCCAUGAAACAGACUCAAGUUCUAGAUACUGACAAGGCUUUAGCUUCUUGUGAGUAUGUAGAUAAGGAGAGAGUCUUGAGGUGUCAGGAAUUGAUGGUCCAAGAAAUGGCAUUGUUGCAACACAGGCCACAUAAGAACAAUAGUGCAGCAAUUUCUCCAGUGAGCUAUAAGAGUGAUGAUACAGCAGUAAGGUCACAUGCAAUCUGUCAUCAUUCCUCACCAACUGCAAAAAAGAGUAAACCAAAUAACCCAUCUGGUUCAUGAGAGAGAGAGAGAUUGGCAAGUUUAGUUGAGCAUUUUACUUUCUAGUGUUCAACAAUUUGAUGAGUUUUCUGAGAUCAAUUUGAAUAUGCCUUGUCUUACAUGAAUGCUUAGCAUAUUUUAGGUGACUUCAGAAAACUCAAAAGGAGUUUAAAUAUUAUGAUUGAUGGCUCCACA